UGGCUGCCGGUGGAAUCCACGCGCAGGUCUCGCACAAUGGGCUUGACGGCCGAGGACCGUGUUUAUCAGUGUUGACUUUGAGCGGUGGGAAGGAAAAGUAGAGGAAUCAAGAAAUUUAGCGCCCAGCAAUGAGUGGGAGGCAGUGAGGAGCAGCAGACUGACCCAGAGUCAGUGACACUACAGGGACAGGAAAACCCUUAUGGGACCCACGAUGCCUGUGCCCCACCUUCUGGAGUACCCGGCCCGACCAGGUGGGCCACAGGCACUGUGUCUCCCUCUGGAUUUUGCGCUGGGAGCCCUGGCCUGCUGCGGGGCGUGUGUGUUCACCAACCCACUGGAGGUGGUGAAGACGCGGUUGCAGCUGCAGGGAGAGCUGCGCGCCCGGGGGUCCUACCCACGGCACUACCGCGGGGUCCUGCAGGCACUCUGGCUGGUGGGCCGCACUGAUGGUCUGCGCGGCCUGCAGAAGGGGCUGUCGGCUGGGCUGCUCUAUCAGGCCUGCAUGAACGGAGUACGCCUGGGCUUCUACUCCUACGCCGAGGCAGCAGGCCUGACGGCAGGUCCUGGGGGCAGCCUGCUGGUGGGGGCCACUGCCGGGGCACUGGGGGCCUUCGUGGCGUCUCCCGCUUACCUGGUGAAGACCCACCUCCAGGCCCAGGCAGUGGAAACCAUUGCUGUUGGUCACCAGCACAACCACCAGGGGGUGUCGAGUGCAUUUGCCACUAUUUACCGGCGAGAAGGCGUGAUUGGGCUGUGGAGAGGUGUGAACGGGGCAGUCCCCAGGGUCAUGGUGGGGUCGGCAUCACAGCUUGCCACUUUCAGUUCUGCCAAAGACUGGGUCCUGCAGACUCAGUGCUUCAGCCCACACAGCUGGCUGAUUGCUUUGACAGCUGCCACUAUCAGUGGGAUUGCUGUGACCUUCACUAUGACUCCAUUUGAUGUCAUUAGCACACGACUAUAUAACCAGCCUGUGGAUGAGCUGCGAAGGGGGCGCCUGUACAGUGGCUUCGUGGACUGCUUACUGAAAGUGUGUCAGACUGAGGGGCCUCUGGGCCUCUAUAAGGGUAUGGGUCCGGUGUUCCUGCGCCUGGCCCCCCAUACCGUCCUCAGCAUGCUGUUCUGGGACCUGAUGAGGCAGCGAGCGUUUCAGUACUACGAGAAUCCCGAACGUGACUGACGGUGGUGUUCCGGAGUCCAUGCGCACUGGACAGGAGCAUCGACUGCAACGUGAACGAGUGGUCCGGGGUGGGGGGGAGGCUGGGUAAAUGAAUAGGGAUUAAAUAACAGGGGAAGUUUCAGUAUCAGUGUAUGGCUUGAAGAUGCAGUGGGAUCGUAAUAGAUGUUAAGACUGCCCGGGUUUUAGUAGUUUCCCGUAAAACCGGUCGGAUAGACUCCAACCAAGUAGAACUCCAGUCCAUUGCACUUACUACAAACAACUCAUAACGUAGUGAUAACUUUUGAUACCAACAUUUUCAGUUACCGCGAUUAAUGUUAUGCUAGUAGAUGGGCUUUAAAGCGUUGUGUCAAAAUCAGUUUAGUUCGUUUUGUCGAAACUAACAGUAAGAUUCAGAAAGGUUUAUUACAUGCCAGCAAUUAACAUUUUUAAAAUGUUGAGUUAAAUAGAACAUUUAAAUUUUUACGGUUAUCCUGAACACAGGCAGUGCAGGAAAGCAGGCCGCCUCCUGAUACCGAAAGCGCACAAAGCUGGAGGAUGUUGUUCUUCUCCAUGUUUCGACUUUUUGAAAUGUUCUUCAACAUCAACCCCCUUUGUAUAAAGCAGACUGACUCCCCCGGGGCUUUGGGCUGAACACUAACCUCUGCGCCAGCACACGGUGUGUCUCAUGUUAUUAUGGGAUGCCUGAUUCGUUUGUUAGUAUUGUGUGUGACUGUAGUCUGACUUUCCCAAAUGCAAUUUAAUAAUAAAAAAAUCGAAAUAUA